AUGCCGUCUUCUAGUAUGGCAGCGGUGGAGGCGACGCUGCAAACCAAUGGAACGGAGAGCACGGCUCGACCGCCUCUCUCAGUGGCAUUGCACGUUCCUAUUUCGGCAGUCGACCAAAUCCAUCUAGCACAGGGAGGCGCCGCGCCACUUCCGGGCAAUCCGAACCGACGUUCUCACAUCCAGCAGAACGUUCAGGCGCUUCCGACGCUACCUGAAGCAUCGCAUGCCAAUGCCCUCCACACAGCCACGGGACCUGCGCCCGCGGCACUCGGACUCACCGCCGACCUCGAUGCCAAUACAGAAGCCGCGCUCCACGGACUCAGCCCCGCACAAAAGACGCUCGCUCUGUCGCGGUCGCAGGGAUACGACCAUAUCGUGGUGGAACUCGCCAACGAGCGAUGGAAGGAGCGAUGGGAACGCCUCUGCCUCGCCAAUCCUGCGGAUGUGCCUUCUGCAUCUGGCUCCUCGGCCGUACAACCCCCUCAACUGACAUCGGUACAGAUGACAUCAGGCCCAGCAUCACUGGCGCGAAGCAGUAGUCGACAGGGUCUCAACAGCUUCUCUGCCGGUGGCGUGAGGCAGUCUCCCUCGCCCGCGGCCAGCAGCAGUGCCGCGCAGACGUUUGCUACCAUCGCCCGCGAAGCCGAAGAAUGGCGCACAGCUCCCGCAUUCAAACGCUCCGAAGUCAACCUGACCAAGCUCGAGGAGACCGAGGGUGUCAUAGCGUUAGCCAGUCCAUGGAUCGAGCUCGACUCUUCCGACGAGGGUGUUCGUCUCGAUUGCGAAUUGGCCCUUCGACAAGAGCUCGCCUACGCCUCUUACCUCGGUAUUUCCAACGUUGUCGUGCCUCCGCCCUCGUCUGAACCUGCUCGUCGACCGUUCCUGGCCGACUAUGCUCGCGCCCUCAACUCCUGUCUCGCGAGCGGGAGCGCAGAGACGGCACCUGCAGGCUCGUGGAUGACAAUCACCAUCCAGCUGCCCAUCUCUUCGCCGCAUCUGCUCAACAAGAUCCUCGCGCGUCAGAACGGCAAGAACGGGCACGGCCUCACUGCAUCCACCACAGCUGGUAGCACGGCUUCAGCCAGCUCGCAAGCGUCUCACGCCAGCGCAGCCUCAUCGGCAGCGUUGCUACGAGCCGAAGACGACUGGGCCUGGGAGACGUGGGAGCAGAUUCGACAGCUCUGCUCGUACAACACGCGUCUCCAGGUCGCACUCGAUCUCGGAUGUCCGUUGCCUGCACCUAGCAUCCUCUCCCGCUGGAUGGCUGAGCCCGUCAGCAUGCUAUGGGUCCCGAGUGCGUCUUACCUCGCCAACGCAAAGGGCUUCCCUGUCCUCUCCAAAGCGUCUCAGGCCUUCAUUCGCUCCAUGUUCAGGAAGAGUCCGACCAUUGUGCUCAGUGGAGUCCAAAGCCCACCGCCAACGCACUCAAGAGGCGGCCCGCUCGCCUACUUGCAAUACGUGCGUCACUUGGAGAAGGCGACCCCGCCGGACGGAGCUGUCGACUCGUUUGCCCGCGGUUAUACCGACUGGCUCCAAGCACCGCUCCAGCCGCUGAUGGACAACCUGGAAGGUACGACGUACGAGGUGUUUGAGCGCGACCCGGUCAAGUAUGCUCUGUACGAAGAAGCUGUGUGCAAGGCGCUGCUCGAUCGACCCGUCACUUCGAGCACGCUCAUCUGGGUCUGUGGCGCAGGAAGGGGACCUCUCGUGGAUCGUUGUCUCAAUGCCGCAGACAGAGCCGGGCGAGCAGUGCGCCUGGUAGCGUUGGAGAAGAACCCCAAUGCACUCGUCACGUUGCAAGAGAGACAGGCGCUCGAAUGGGGCGAUCAAGUCAAGGUGCAGCAUGGCGAUAUGCGUCGACACCCCGUCCCUUCGAGCAUGGCAGAGCGACCUGACAUUGUCGUCAGCGAACUGCUGGGCAGCUUUGGCGACAACGAGCUGUCGCCUGAAUGCCUCGAUGGCGCCAUGCGAUUCCUCAAGCCCAAUGGCAUCUCGAUUCCGUCGUCGUACACGGCGUUCCUUUCGCCGCUUUCGUCGUCGAAGCUGCAUACCGAGGUGCUGAAUGGCUCGAACGCGGCUCUGCCGUCGGCUGUGCAGAAGGCGUCCGAAACACCGUACGUCGUCCUGUUCCAGAACGUGGCUCUACUUGCUGCUCGAGGAGGCCGACUCAGUUGGGAGCAGGUGCAAGAGUCAUGGACGUUCGAACACCGUCCAUCCGCCAUGACGCCCCUCGUGUACAACGAGCAAGGCCUUCCAGCUUCCAACGGCCACAACAUCCGCUCAGCCAAGCACACAUUCCACAUUCCACAAGCCGGCACAUGCCACGGUCUUGCCGGUUACUUUGAAGCGCAUUUGUACGACAAUGUGACGCUCAGCAUCCAUCCUGAUCCUGUGCGUGGGUCCAAGGACAUGCUGAGCUGGUUUCCGAUCUACUUUCCCUUCCGCGAACCGCUGUACCUGCCGCCCAACUCGGAGCUGGAAGUGCACAUGUGGCGACUCACCUCGAGCGAUCGGGUGUGGUACGAGUGGAAUGCCGAAGCGUUCCUUCCACUGUCCAGUAGCACGUUGGAAGCAGCGAGGCAGCAGCACCAACGACCGGUGUCGCUGGACGCUAGCUCGUCGAUUGGGUCCAACGGCACCGCUGCGGAAGCAAGCAACUUUUCCAAUGCUCUCAACACGCCCAGGAUUCCGAGCGUCUCGCUGUCGCAGCAUCCAGUCGAGUCAUCACAGGGCACGAGUGGCCUGCAGGCAAGCGCAAUGCCACAAACCCCCGUUACGAGGGUCAAGAUUGGCAUGACCAGGCUGCAUAACCCUGGAGGACGCAGCUCCUGGAUCGGUCUUUGA